GCGCAUUGAGGAGGAGGCAGGAGUUUGGAAAGUUCGUAGUAGCCUGGACACGCGCGAAUCGCGUAUAUCAACCAAACGCUUUUGAGACAGGCUUCAGUGCCCGAACCUAGAUUCGCCAUGUUCUUUCUGAAAGAGCUCGAAAAGAUUAUUCAACUUCAUCCUUCUUACUUCGGACCGCUUAUUCGCUCCCAUAUCCACCGUGAAUUGCUGACCAAAGAGGAGGGUUCAAACACUGGCAAAUUCACGAUCGUCUGCAUCCUGGACAACUUCGACAUCUCUGAGGGCCAAGUAAUACCCGGGUCAGGCUCGGCAGAGUACACCGUACAUUACAAGGCCAUUGUAUGGAGACCAUAUAAGGGGGAAGUGGUCGAUGGCGUCGUUACCUCCGUCAUAGGUUCUGGAUUCUUCGUCGAUUGUGGUUCACUGCAGGCAUUUGUUGGCCGAGCCAUGAUUCCAUCUGAGAUCAACUUCGACUCGAACGCAACACCACCUCAGUGGACGGACAAUGGUGAUCAGGUCAUAGAGAAGGGUGCCAACAUACGCAUCAAGAUCAAGGGUCUCAGGACAGAGGUGGACAGGAUGUAUGCGAUCGGAACUAUCAAAGAGGAUUACCUAGGCCCACUACAGUCGUAGGAGACUGAAGAGGGUUCGAGCACGGAGUAAGUCUUGUCCAUUGGAGCAAUGACAAAUUUGAGCCAUCAUCGGUUCACACCAUGGGAAAGCAAAUGAUAUACCUCAAGUUCAAUUGUCCCAUGCAGCUAAAGCUGAUUGGGGCCCCCAGAAACG